AUGGUGGCUACAACGACCCUGGAAUCAUGUGCAUACUACUGCUAUGUACCAAGCAUGGCAGUUGCAGCGAUGUUCGCAGCAAUUUUCGUCCAGUCAACACUUCUACACACAUAUCAAAUUUCGCGAUCAAAGACCAAGUUCUUCAUCCCCAUUGCAGUUGGAGGUUUACUCGAAGCAAUCGGUUAUGCAUGCCGCUUAAUUUCACAUUUCGAAUCACCAACUUUCUCAGUUAUUCCUUUCGGCAUUCAAUACACCUGUAUUCUCGUAUCUCCAACCAUCAUGGCCGCAGCAGUCUACAUGUACUAUGAGCAUCUCGUCAAGGCCGUCGGCGGCGAAUCACAAUCUCCAAUCCGCCUAAGCAGAUUCCAAAAGAUCUUCCUCUUCUUCGAUUGCUUCUCCGUUAUCAUCCUCAUCGUCGGUUCCAUCUUUCGUCUCAUGACUAAUUUGCCCGCCAGUUGGAUCAGACUCGGUAACAGACUUGUCAUGAUGGGGUUGGGCGAACAAUUAGUCUUCCUUGCCAUCUUCGUCUUCACAGCUGCGAAAUUCCAAUACAACAUUUCGCAAAACCCCACAGAGCGCCUUUCUGCAACCGUGGAACCAAAGUCCCCUCGUAAUGGUAUCCCAUACAAGAGGCAUCUCGUGGCUAUGUACAUCGCUUCUGCUCUUAUUGCCAUUAGAUCUUUGAUCCGCUUGGUGGAGAACUUGACUGGUACCACUGGACUCAUUCGAAGUAACGAGGUAUUCCUGAUUAUCUUCGACGGAGCAUUGAUGCUUAACAUGAUGUUGCUCUUUCACUAUAUUCAUCCCAGUGAGAUCGCUGCAUUCGAAACCUUCUACGCCAGUGACGGAGCUGAUACUUCCCGUCCUUACUUUGCGGGAAUGAAGGUUUGGCAGGGAAAGAGAUUGAGUCGGGAUGGUAUGAUGGAGGUCUAG